CCGCCGAGCGCCCUCCCGGCCCGCACCGCCCCGCUCCGCCCCGGGAACGCCCGACGGGGCGGAGCCGUCAUUUGAACGCGGGGCGGCGGCGGCGGCGACCUGCAGAGUCAGUUACUCUUCUGUGUAUCAGCCCUGAGGUUGUCAUGAGUGGCUCGUCCCUGCUGUUUAUGGCUGGAGCAAACACUCUGGAAGAGCAGAGGGCUCGCUGGGAGAGGAAGCGCAGCCGGACAGCCAAGGAGCUGCUGGAAACAGAACACAGAUACCUUGAGCAGCUGGAUUUGGUGGUCACAUUCUUUGUGACAAUUUUAAAGGCCAAAGGGACACUGAAACCUGCUGUGUUGGAAACCAUAUUUGGACCCCUGGAAUCCAUAUAUUCGGCCAGCCAUGUUCUGGCACUUCACCUGGAGAGAGGGAAUUUGGGACCAGGACUGGAAAAUUUCUGUCAGAAUCUGGAGCUUUAUGGCCACUACACUGAGAAUUUGGAGAAGGCAAAUAAAACCUUGAAGGAGCAGUUGAGGAAAAAUAAGUCAUUCCGACGGUUUAAGAAACUCCAGGAGGCUCGACCUCAGUUUCAAGGGAGGAAGCUAGAGGAUCUGCUUCCUUUGCCCCUGCAGAGGCUGCACCAAUACAAGCACUUCUUCAGAGACUUGUUGGAGAACACCAAUCCAGACAGCCCUGAGUAUCAGAAACUUGCAAAGGCUGUGAAAUCUGUUUCUGAGGUAUCUCGGUGGGUACAAGACAUCAUUCGUAAGAGAGAGAACUCAUUGCAGCUACUUCGUGUUCAGAAACUGCUCAAAGGACAGAAGAUCCAGAUUUUGACUCCAGGGCGCUGGUUUAUCCGGGAAGGCUGGCUUUUGGUGGUGCCUUCGAAGGGAGAAGAACUGAAGCGCAGGAUGUUCUUCCUCUUUUCUGAUAUCUUCAUUUCAACAAAGCCUUGCCACCCACUGCACCCAGUGAAUUCAAAGAAACUGGCUUGCCAGGCUGUCUACCCGCUUCACCAGUGCCUAGUGGAUAAGGUGUUUGGCCACACAAAGAGCCAGGGGGGGCUCCUCAGUCUUUCCUUUCCUCACAAGACACUGUUGUUGAUGUCCAGUGACCAACAAGAUAUUAAUGACUGGUAUCAGAGUCUUGCAGCUGCAGUCAGGCAGCUGAAAGCCUGACCCACCUGAGUAGAAGACAGAGCGGCAGGACAGUCACCUCUCUUGGUAGAGUCCUACAUGAUCUUAGGAAAUGUUCAAGGACAUAUAGUAAGAGAAUGCAUUUAUAGGGACUACCACUAUGCUUGUGAGACUGAAUGAAUGCUUUGUCAGCUGUCCUCAUCUUAACACAGACACUGCAAAAAAUAGGUAUGCACACUAAGGAUUUGUAUAUGAAAAAUGUGUAUCGACACUUUUCCCCACCUUAGCUUACAAGCUUCUAGCUUUUCUGUGCUUUUUUUUUUUUUUUUCCUUUAUAGUAAUAAUUUAAGGACAAGUGGGAGAAAGCCUGGCUUGCUUUCCCUCAUUAAAUGUUUUUAUCCAA